AUGUCUAGUUGUCAAUCAACUGGUGGUAUGACUUCAACUCCAACACUUGCUCCUGUAAGAUCAGAAGAUCCAGCAUGGGCCCAUGCACGUGCUGUGCCAGGGGCAAGAAAUAAUACUGAAUGUUUAUAUUGUAAUAAAAUAAUUAGAGGUGGCGGGAUCACUCGGUUGAAGCAUCAUCUAGCUGGAAUUCCAGGCGAUGUAGAAGCAUGUAAAAAUGUGUCUGAAGAUGUAAAAUGGCAAAUGAAGGAGUUGCUUAAUGAAAUGAAAAAAAGCAAAGAGAAGAGAAGGAGAAUAAGGUCAGAGAUUGGAGGCGAUAUAGAUUUAACAUCUGAUGAUAUUGACGAUCGUAAUAGUAUGGAGGGACAGUCUCAACUUUCAAAAGGUAAGGGGAAGUCGAAAGAAUCUGGAACUGGAGAGUCAGUGGGGGGAUUGAGUAGAUUUUUUGCUCCAAGAACAACUCCUGGGGCCCAACCUUCAAUUAAGAGUUCUAUGUGUUCAAAUGAGAUGAUUGUAAAAGCAAAGAUGGCUGUAGCACGCUGGUGGUAUGAUGCUAAUCUGCCUUUUAAUGCUGCUCAAUCUAAGUUUUAUCAACCAGCUAUUGAUGCCAUGACUGCCAUUGGGUCAGGAUUCAAAGGCCCAUCUUUAUAUGAGUUGAGAGUAAAUUUGUUAAAAAUGGCUGUGAAUGAGGUUCAAGAUUAUUUGCAACAAAUUAAGAAGAUUUGGAAUGAGACCGGUUGUUCACUAAUGGCAGAUGGUUGGACAAACCAGAAGCAACAAUCAAUAAUCAACUUUCUUGUUUAUUGUCCGAAAGGUACAAUGUUUUUGAAGUCUGUUGAUACAUCUGGUCUUAGAAAAGAUGCUGAAACAUUGUUUAAUAUCUUUGAUGAGGUUGUUCAAGAAAUUGGAGCUGAGAAUCUUGUGCAGUUCAUAACGGACAAUGAUGCAAGUUAUAAAGCUGCAGGAAAAAAGUUACAACAGAAGUAUGGCUCUUUCUACUGGUCCCCAUGUGCAGCUCAUUGCAUAGAUUUAAUGUUGGAGAAUUUUUCUGAUCCAAGAUAUUUUCCCCUUAUUGAUGAUACCAUAAAAAAGGCAAAAACGAUAACAAAAUUCAUCUAUAACCAUGGCUGGGUUUUGGCAUUUAUGAGAAAAGACUUUACCAAAGGUCAUGAUUUGUGUCGUCCUGCAGUUACAAGAUUUGCGACAAAUUUUUUAAGUAUCCAAUGUUUGCUCUUGUUUAAGAAAGAACUCAGACAAAUGUUUACUUGUGAUAAAUGGAUUGCAUCAAAUCAUUCUAAGAGCAGCAUAGGGAAAGAGAUAGCUGAGAUUGUUUUAGAAGAUAAAGAGUUUUGGGUUCAAUGUCAAUUCAUUGUUAAAGUUAGUGAACCUUUGGUUCGUGUUCUACGACUUGUUGACGGGGAUGAGAAGCCUGCAAUGGGAUACUUGUAUGAUGCAAUGGAAAGAGCCAAAGAGAACAUAAAAGCAAGAUGCAAUAACAAAGUCAGUUUAUUCAGUCCAUUCACCAGGAUCAUUGAUUCCAGAUGGGAUAGGCAGCUUCACAGUCCAUUACAUGCAGCGGGUUGUUUUCUUAACCCUGGAAUUUACUAUAGCCCCAAUUUUAAAAAUAAAAAUGAAGUUAUAAGAGGCUUCAACAGCUGUGUUAUGAAAAUGGAACUUGAUCCCGAUAAUCAAGACAAGAUCAUUGCAGAACUUGACUUGUAUAAGAAUGCAAUAGGUGAGUUUGGACAUUCUUUAGCAAUCCGCCAGCGUGAUAAGAUUAAUCCAGUUGCAUGGUGGACCCAAUUUGGUUGCGAGGUUCCAACGCUUCAAAGAGAAUCUUUCGCGGUGCUACGCAAAUACAGGAUGAAGUUGAACCCAGUGAAAUGUGCCUUCGGGGUCAACUCAAGAAUGUUUUUGGGCUUUAUCGUCUCAAAGAGUGGCAUUGAAGCAAACACCGAGAAGAUCGACCCCAUUCUAAACAUGGCGCCGCACAAAAACAUUAACAACGUCCAAGGCUUGGCGGGUAGAGUAGCAGCCUUGAAUAAGUUUGUGUCAAGUAUCCCCUCAAUAAGGAUUCUUGUGGUUCCAGAGGAUCUUGCUACAGGAGAACCAGGAACGGAGAGCUUUCCCCCUAUUUUUUCCGCCCGACUCUUUGGUCUUAAAAAUGCUGGUUUUAAGAAUGAGUGA